UCCGUCCGCCCCGUCCCGCGUCCACCCGGCCAGCUCCAGCCAGCGACACCAUGAGCUUCUCCCACCGCAGCACCUACAGCGGCUCCCACCGCGCCACCAGCCACCGCUUCGGCCCCCUGGGCAGCGCGGCCAGUGUCUACGCCGGGGCGGGGGGCUCAGGGUCCCGUAUCUCUGUCACCCGCACCACCAGUGUGACCAGUGCUGGGGGUGGCUAUGGGGCAGGCUAUGGGCCGGCUAUGGGGGCUACCACGAUGUUGACGGGCUCUGGCGUGGUGGCCAACGAGAAGGAGACGAUGCAGGACCUCAAUGAGCGCUUGGCCACCUACCUGGAGAAGGUCCGGAGCCUGGAGCAGGACAACCGGCGGCUGGAGGUCCAGAUCCGCGAGUUCAUGGCCAGCAAAGGUCCCAGCACCCAGGACUGGGGCCACCACUGGGAGGCCAUCGAGGACCUGCGGGACAAGAUUUUCAAGGCGACGGUGGCGAACGCCCGCACGGUGCUGCAGAUGGACAACGCGCGGCUGGCGGCCGACGACUUCAGGGUCAAGUACGAGGCGGAGCUGGCCAUCCGGCUCUCGGUGGAGAACGACAUCGCGGGGCUGCGCAAGGUCCUGGACGACACCAACAUGGCGCGGCUGCAGCUGGAGGGCGAGAUCGAGUCCCUCAGGGAGGAGCUCAUCUUCAUGAAGAAGAACCACGAGGAGGAGGUGAAGACCCUCCGGGCCCAGGUCUCCGAGUCGGCGCUGACGGUGGAGGUGGACGCGCCCAAGUCGCAGGACCUGGGCAAGGUGAUGGCCGAGAUCCGGGCGCAGUAUGACGCCCUGGCCCAGAAGAACCUGGAGGACCUGGAGAAGCAAUGGGGGCGGCAGAUCACCGAGAGCACCAUCGAGAUCACACAGAGCACCAAGGACAUCGACGCAGCCCGCAGCACUGUGGUGGACCUCCGUCGUUCCGUCCAAACCCUGGAGAUCGACCUGGAGUCCCUCCGAAACCAGAAGGCCGGCUUGGAGGCCAACCUGGCGGAGGUGGAGACACGCUAUGCAGCGCAGCUGGAGCAACUGGGCGCACUGGUGCUGCGCGCCGAGGCGGAGCUGCUGCAGCUGCGGCAGGAGCUGCAGCGCCAGGCGCAGGAGUACCAGGCGCUGCGGGACGUCAAGGGCAAGCUGGAGGACGAGAUCGCGACUUACCACCGGCUGCUGGAGGGGGGGGGAGGAUUUCAGCCUGCAGGACGCCCUGGAGAAGGAGACAACGGCCACCACGCAGCGGAGCACCCAGAGGGUGGCUGACAGCAAGGUGGUGACAGAGACGAGGGAGGUGAAGGUGCGGACAUACUGAGCUGGUGCAGAGGGCACCCCAGCACCCGGGGGGGGCCCCACCUCCCCCUUAAUAAAAUAGCAGUGUGUCCCCCCUCGGGGAGAUGUUCCA